UUCCUGCUGUUGGGGAUGGCGCGACGGGCGGGCGGGCCAUGCCGCUGCCUCAGCCGGCUGCUGUGCUUGCCCCUGUGCCUGGCGCUGUGCCUGCCGCGCCCGGCAGCGGCGCGUCCGCCUGCCCCGCACCUGGUGCUGGUGCUGGCCGACGACCUGGGCUGGGGCGACGUGGGCUGGCACGGCUCUGCCAUCCGCACGCCGCGGCUGGACGCGCUGGGGGCGGGCGGCGUGCGGCUGGAGCGCUACUACACCCAGCCGCUGUGCACGCCCUCCCGCAGCCAGCUCCUCUCGGGCCGCUACCAGAUCCACACAGGUUUACAGCACCAGAUAAUUUGGCCAUGCCAGCCCAGCUGUCUGCCACUGGAUGAGAAACUUCUCCCAGAGCUACUUCAAGAGGCGGGAUAUGUUACUCACAUGGUGGGGAAGUGGCAUUUGGGGAUGUACAGAAAAGAAUGCCUUCCAACCCGCAGAGGAUUUGACACUUACUUUGGCUAUCUCCUGGGCAGUGAGGAUUAUUAUACUCAUGACCGCUGUGUCCUCAUCAAAACAAAGAAUGUGACGCACUGUGCUCUGGACUUUCGAGAUGGAGAAGAAGUUGCAACUGGAUUCAAAAAUGUGUACUCCACAAAUUUAUUCACAGAAAGAGCUAUAGAUCUUAUAGCCAAUCACAAAACUGAGAAGCCCCUUUUCCUCUAUCUCGCCUUUCAGUCUGUCCAUGAACCUCUCGAGGUCCCUGAAGAAUACAUGAAGCCAUAUUCUUCCAUAAAAGAUGUAAAGAGGCGCCAUUAUGCGGGAAUGGUGACUCUUAUGGAUGAAGCGGUAGGAAAUCUCACUGAUGCUCUGAAAACGUACGGUCUUUGGGAUAACACAGUUUUUGUUUUCUCUACCGAUAACGGAGGACAAACUUUAGCAGGGGGGAACAACUGGCCACUGAGAGGGAGAAAAUGGACACUCUGGGAAGGAGGAGUGAGAGGCGUAGGCUUUGUUGCAAGUCCUUUACUGAAACAAAAAGGUGUAGAAAGUCAUGAACUCAUCCAUAUCUCUGACUGGCUGCCAACACUGGUGCACCUUGCUGGAGGACAUACCAAUGGCACUAAGCCUUUGGAUGGCUUUGAUGUUUGGAACACUAUCAGUGAAGGAAGACCUUCUCCCAGAGUGGAACUGCUACAUAACAUAGACCCCAUGUUUGUGGAUGACUUCCCAUGUCUUGGCAUUGACAAGAGGACAUCUCUACCACAGAGCAAUUCUUCUCCAUGGGAUGAUGCACUUUUCAAUAUAUCCAUACAUGCAGCAAUACGACAUGGAAAAUGGAAAUUACUAACUGGAUAUCCAGGCUGCAGUCAUUGGUUCCCUCCACCAUCUUUGUUCAAUGAGUCACAGAUUCAAUCGUCUGAUCCAUCAACAAAGAGACUUUGGCUGUUUGAUAUUGUUCAUGAUCCUGAAGAGAAAUAUGAUGUGUCUGAAAAAUACCCUAAUGUGGUGGGAAAACUACUCUCACGGCUUCAGUAUUAUCACAAACGUUCAGUGCCUGUGUUCUACCCUGAUGAGGAUCCCAACUGUGAUCCAGCAGCAACUGGGGCUUGGGGUCCUUGGGAAUAGCACACAUGGCUUGGCAUCCUGCUAUAAACCUCUGUAGCAGAGUAUGGUUUAUGGACUCAGAGCCCUAAUCACAUAUUUUGUACUUUCUUUAAUGAGCUGUUGCUAUUUGUGACCUUAUCUUUGAAUAAUUCAGUAUUUCUUGUUCUUUAUAUGAUGGGGAUCUUAUUUCAGUCUUUUCCCACUCUCUCAUUCCCAAAAAUUGUAUGUGAAAUGGUAUUAAAUUUUUUUUUUUUUUUAAGUAUUCUUUGUCUGGAAUAUACUUUUAGUGCAAAAGAUAAACAUUGCCUCCUUCCUUGAAAGAAACUGAAUUGAAUUCCUUGUAAGGAAUCAUGGCAGCAGGGACGUCCAAAAUUAUUCUGGUGAAGUAUAGUGAAUUCUGGUUUUAUGUAUGUUCAGAAGACAAAUUCUACUGAAAGCUAUUAUGUAAUCCGUAUUGGCAUAAAAAUUUUUGCCUUUAACGUGUACUUCCAUCCAGAAAAGGGAAGAGUAAAAACAGAAAAUAUAACAAUACAAAUACAACAAAUACAACAAAAUCUCUAUUUCUUGUUCACUCUUAAUGUAUCAGACCAGAGUAGAGAGUGAUGAUCAACCAGAGUGCAGGGCUGUUGGAUAGGAAGAUCUUGACAAGCUGAAAAAGUGGGUGAAUAAAGAUUUCAUUAAUUUCAACAGUUGCAGAGUCCUCCGCUUGGGGUGGAGCAACUGCAAUCAGGAGUACAUGUUGGGCCAUGACCAGGUGGAAAUCAUUUUUGUGGGGAAAAAAUCUAGGCAUCAUUCUGGACAAUAAUUAGGACAAGAGUUGCCAUUUUCUCUGUAGGUGCAGAAAACCAGCCAUACAUGUUGUGCCAUAUAACUGCGAAUGUAGCCAGCAGCUAGGGGAAGUCUUAAUUCCCUUCUUUCAGUGCUAGAGCAUAGCAUCACAUUUUGGGCUUUCCUAUACAGGAAGAGUAUUUAUGAGUUGGAGUUAGUUUAGUGGACAACUAUUAAUAUGGGGAUAUAUGAAUAUAUCAUGGGGAGGAUAAAAAAUGGGUUCAUUUAUGCCGAUGAGAAAAGGGUUGCUAUCUUCAGUACCUAAUGUGAGAGCAUAGAGCAGAGGAAGCCAGACUCUUCUCAGAGAUGCACAAAGAUGAAAAGCACACAGGGAACGUAUGGAGUUCAAAUGCAACAUAAGGAAAGGGGAAAAAAAUCACACCAUGAGUUUAAUUAAAUAUGGGAAAUGUGGGACUAUGGCAACCCUAAUCCUGGGGAUGUUCAGUCUUUGGUUGGAGAAUCUUCUGAACAGUUCCGUCCCUGAAGCUGGGUCAAAUUUGAAGAUGACCCAGUGACUCCCAAAGGCCCCUUUCUGCAGGAAUUGCUCAAUAAUUCUGUGAUGAACAGAAUCUUACUUUUAUUGCCUGACUGGUAAGUACCCUGUCUUUAUUACCACAGUGGAGUCUGUUUUCAUCCUGAAGUGGGCUGUGAGCCAUAAAGAAACCAACCCAAGCAACAUUUCUCAGUUACUCAUCAAACUGAUGCAACAUAACCAGUCAGCUCUCUACUAGUGUCUCAGACCCUGAGUUCUGGUACUGCUUCUCAGUGUCCUUGGCUAAGUUCUCAGGAUGCAGGGUUCAAUCUGUCAUCAUCUCCAGAAAGCAAGAAUCUAAUUGCCUUUUUCCUGGCUCCAGGACCAACUCAUAUAAAUUGCACUAAAAUUUUGCACAAUUUCCUGGUUUUCUCGUGGGAAUCUUGUGCUAAUUGUUAGCAAACAGAUUAAUGAAGAGAAAGGCUUGACAAAAUCUGUUCAUUAAAAAAAAGGUAAAAAAUAAGAAAGAGUCUUAAAAAAAGAUGAAACAAGAAAACUGAAAAUGUAUAUGCUUUCUAAUACAGAUGAUUCUCCAAUGCACUGUCUUAAAUCUAAUCUUAAAUGUUUGUCUUUUCUACCUUUGAUCUUUUUUGUACAAGUAGAAAUGAAGCUAAAGUUCUCCAGAAGCCCAUUAAGCUUUUUAUCUUUCUCCCAAAGAGCUUUAUGUUUCUCUUGCUCCUUUGUCACUUCUACUCCCUUAUGUCAGUAUUUUUUUUCUAUUCUAUCUCAUUCACUAACUUCAGCCUUGAAGGCUGAAGAAGGAGAAAAGUAGUUUCAGAUAAAGUAAUUCUUGUAAUAACAGACAAUACAUUUUCUCUGUGGUUUAAUUGGAUAUAUUCCUAGGGGAUCCUGUUUCAGACCAAGUUUCAACUUCCUUUUCCAUUUAUCCAUUAGUGGCUGAAAGCAAAUGGUUACAGCAGGAUAUGACUGGGUAAGCUCUUCAGAUUGUUCCUCACCUUCGAAACAAUCACUCAGAGCCUCAAAGGCUGGUUUCUCUUCCAUUAGGUUGCACCAACCUUUCCACUGGGGCCCUUGAGCAUAGUGCCCAGCCUUACAAUAUUUUCUAAGCUGUUGGUAUGCACACAAUCCUGUGUUUCCACAGCUUCUCUAGACUCUGGGAGAAUCACUUGAUUGUUACCUGCCUCCAGGUAAUUUAUAUUUUCAUUGGUAAAACAUAUCUGCUGUGACAGAAGCUACUACUAUACUACAGUUAGUCAUUUUCAUAUGAACUAAUAUAGUUAAAAUAUUACAGUAAUUUCACGAUUACAAGCCGCACCGUUUUGACUAAA